AUGCGGAUCAAACAUUACCAGCAAGCCGCGCUCUUCUCGAUAGCGGCCUCAACCCUGUCGUUGGCCGAUCCCAUCAACCCGCUCCUAUACUCAGACUUCUCCAACUACUCUCCCAUACACAGGAGAGAACUCGAGUGUCCGGCCGAUUUCUUCAGUUGCGAGAACCAAGGUGCGGUCUUUAAGGGUACCUGUUGCGAAAAUGGGCAAAGCGACCUGUACCGGAGUGGCACCUGCGGGCACGACAACGGCGGUUUCGUACGUGAGCAAUUCGUACUUCUCGUUCCCAUACAUACCGACAUCGUACUCGAACCCAGUCGCAUGCACAUCAGCCAUGAACGCCUGCUCGAGGAAUUAUGA